AUGGCGUCAUUGACAAAAUCGUAUCUCGCCGCGUACAACCUCGCGCAGGCCGCUGGAUGGGCCGCGGCGCUGGCCGCCAUGAUGUACAGCGCCACCACCACCGCCUCCAUCGCCGGCGCCUUCCACUCCGCGUGGCCCCUCGUCUACGUCUGUCAGUUCGCGUCCAUUCUCGAGACCGUGCACGCCGCCACGGGGCUGGUGCGGAGCGGAGUGGUGGCGCCGCUGGUGCAGUGGUUGGGGCGGAGCUUCGUGCUGUUCGCGGUCGUGGGGCGCACGCCCGCCCUCCACACGCACGCCGCGCUCUUCGUGCUGCUCGCCGUCUGGUGCUGCUCCGAGGUCAUCCGUUAUCCGCAGUACGCGCUCUCACUCCUGGGCACGUGUCCGCGCGCGCUGACGUGGCUGCGCUACUCGGCGUUCAUCCCGCUGUACCCCAUCGGCAUGUUCGGCGGGGAGAUGGUGCUCAUCUAUCGCUCCCUGCCCUUCGUCAAGGCGGAGCGCCCACUCGCCUUCCUCUUCGAUGCACUGCCCUUCGACUGCUACCACGUCGUCGCUGUCAUCCUGGCGGCAUAUCCGCUCUUCUGGCUGCACCUCUACACGCACAUGUUCCGCCAGCGCCGCGCCAAGCUGCACCCCAAGGCCCACAAGGGCAGCAAGAAGCCGCACAAGGCCAUGGCCAUCAUCCCCAUGUCGCCAGAGAUGUUCGCCCAAACCACCCUUGACCGCCCUGCUGCUGCUGCUCCCACUGCCAAGGGUGCAGCGCCUAUAGGGGCUUUGGGUGUUGCAACGCCUAUGGGCGGUGGAGCGUUGCUGUCCAAGGCACAGACGCACAGCACCGAUGUGCGUCUGCGCGCUGCUGGUGCCCGGCUCUCAGGCUCAGCUGUGGUGGUGCAACAAUAG